CCUCUUGCUAUUCUCAUCGAAGGAAACAGCAGCGUCCAUGGCAAAGCCUGGUUGCCAAGAGACAUGUGGGAACGUUGGGAUUGUUUAUCCAUUUGGUAUUGGCAGAGGCUGCUACCAUGACAAAAAUUUUGAGGUCUCAUGCGCCUACUCCUCCAACCCUCCACGCCCUUCUCUUGUGGUGCUUCAAGUUGAAGUUUUGAAGACGUCACCGGAUAAUGUGAGAAUUUGUGAUUGGACUGUGGCUGCUUGUUACUUUGAUUACACAUCACAAGCGGCAUCGGCUUUUACGCCCAUGGAGCCUUACAGUUAUUCCCACGCAGAAAAUAAGUUUAUAGGCAUUGGGUGUGACAUAGGUGCUUAUAUCGGUGAAUUAAAUCGUACAAGCCGUAGCCUAACAAGGUACGCGGGCGGGUGUGUGUCAGUUUGCCACAUACCUGGAGGUCGAGCCUGGUCUAAUCGUACUUCCUGCUCUGGAAUUCGCUGCUGCCAGACUACUUUCUCAAACGAUCUUUCAAACGUUGAUCUAUGGCUUACCAACAUGAGCAUGUGGUCCAAGGCCAUGGCCGGAUCGAACUCCAAUCCAUGUAGCUUUGCCAUCAUUGCCGAGAAGAACUUCUCGGACUUUGAUCGAUUUGACACCACGUUGUCCGGUGAAAACAAAACCUACUUUUACCCUGCAAUAUUGAAUUGGGCAAUCGGAAACAAAUUUUGCCAAGAAGCCCGAAAAAGAAGCGAUUAUGCAUGUGGCAGCAACAGUCGUUGUGUUGAUUCUGAUCAAGGCAGUGGAUAUAAGUGUCGUUGCAGUCAAGGCUACCGCGGGAACCCUUACCUUCAAGAUGGCUGCAUAGAUAUUAAUGAGUGCAUGGACCCAAACAACACUCUUUGCAAAAAAGGAGCUGUAUGCAUAAACACAUAUGGAGGCUACUAUUGUGCCAGCCCACCUGGUUACCAUAGCCAUGAUAGCCAACCUGAACAUGGGUGUGUACGUGACAAAGUAAAACUAAAGGCAGCUAUUCUCGUUACGUCAGGAAUAGGAAUAGCUGUUGUUCUUCUGAUCCUACUUGCUGUUGGCUUCUGGUUGCAUCGACAACUUGAGGAAAGAAAGAAAAACAAACUCAAGCAGAAACUCUUCAAAAGGAAUGGUGGUCUCCUAUUGCAACAACAAAUCACUUCAAGUGGUAAAGGAAGUGUUGAGAAAACAAAACUCUAUACCAUAGAAGAGUUGGAAAAGGCAACAGACAACUUCAAUGCAAGUCGAGUUCUUGGCAGGGGAGGUCAUGGGACAGUGUAUAAAGGGAUGCUAUUGGAUGGAAGCAUAGUAGCCAUUAAGAAGUCAAUCAUAGUUGACGAGAGGCAAGUAGUUACGUUUGUCAAUGAAGUUUUCAUUCUUUCACAGAUUAACCAUAGACACAUAGUGAAGUUGUUAGGUUGCUGUCUAGAGAGCGAAGUUCCUUUACUGGUUUAUGAAUAUGUCUCCAAUAGCACUCUCUCUCACCAUCUCCAUGAUAGGAACUGUGAAUCAAAAUUAUCUUGGGAAAAGCGCUUGCGAAUUGCAGAUGAAAUUGCAGGAGCCCUUGCUUAUUUACAUACAUAUGCUUCUCCAGCUAUCCUUCAUAGGGAUAUCAAGUCUAGUAAUAUACUGUUAGAUGAGCACUUUAGGGCUGUGGUUUCUGACUUUGGACUUUCAAGGUCAAUAACCCAUGAAAAAACACACUUGACCACACUAGUGCAGGGCACAUUUGGUUACUUGGAUCCAGGGUAUUUUCGAUCAGGCCAAUUUACGGAUAAGAGUGAUGUAUAUGCCUUCGGGGUAGUGCUUGCCGAACUUUUAACAGGUGAAAAAGUAAUUUGUUCUAGUAGAUCUGAAGCAAGUCUAGCAACUCACUUUAGACUGGCAAUGAAACAGAAUUACCUGUUCGAAAUUCUAGACAAGGUAAUCCUGGAUGAUGGUCAGAAAGAGGAGAUUCUUGCUGUUGCUAGGCUUGCUAAGAUAUGCCUGAAGUUGGGAGGGAAGAAAAGGCCAACCAUGAAAGAAAUAGCAGCAGACCUCGACCAAUUAAGGAGGACUAUGGAGCAGCCAUCACUUCAACGGACUUGCCAGGACAACUGCUCUGUAAGUGGAAGGUCAUAUUCUUAUGCAUCUACUAGUGCAGUUACAGAAGAGUAUGUACAUGAAGACCAGGACUUUCCUAAACCAUACGGCAUGACUACUUAAAGCUGCAGCUGGAUAUCAAAAGGUUUGUGAAACAAAUUCAUGUAUGAUUCUGCUGUCCACUUUAUCUGAUGGUUGGGAAGAUUUUCAGCCUCUGGCUUUGAUUCUACAUGUUCAAAGUUGUAGUCCUUAAUAUGUACAUAUAACACUUGCGCGUUUGAUUUUAUGGUUCA